AUGACGCAAGACGUGGAUAUGUUUCAUCAGAUGGAAGUGCACACAGGUAAUAGUCUGGGAGUCCUAAAGGAUGACCCCAUUACGUCUGAAUCUCUUCUGCCGAAGCCACUAACCACCACCAACAUCUCCGAACAUGAAUUUUCAUGCCACUGCUGCUACGACAUCCUGGUGAACCCCACCACUCUGACCUGUGGCCACAACUUCUGCCGCCAUUGUUUGGCUCUGUGGUGGGAGUCUUCUCACAAGAACGAGUGUCCUGAGUGCCGCGAGAAGUGGGAAGGGUUUCCCAAAGUCAACAUACUGCUGAGAGAUGCAACAGACAAGCUGUUCAGUACAGUGGUGCAGCGCAGAAGAGCAGAGAUCCAAGAAAACCCCAAAUCUCACGGAGUUUUAUCUGUGUUUAGAUAUGGUGAUAAUUUGGGGACGAGGACAAACGAGCACAAAGGAGCAGGAUUCUUCUUCUCUGGAGUCUUAACUGCACUCACCUGUGUGGCUGUGAUGGUGCUGGUGUAUCACUGGAACGGCGUUGUGGACCGCCAGGACCUUCUGAUCAGUAAACCUGUGUCCCACUGGACACCAGAGGAGGUUGUGUCCUGGCUGGAACUGGGACCGUGGGCUCAGCUCUACAGAGGCUUCCAGCAGGAGAGCGUCAAUGGAAGGCUGUUGUUGAUGCUGGGAGAGGAAGAGCUGUUAAAGCCCCCUUACAGCAUCGAAAACCAGGCUCACCGUCGAGCCGUCCUGGCUGAACUGGACAGUAAAACCCUGGGAAUCAAACCACCACAGAACCUCUGGGAAUAUAAGGCUGCUAAUGCAGGGAAGGCUCUGUUUUUGCUGUAUGCACUGAAGCGCUCCCCUCGCCUCACGCUCUUCUACUUAUAUUUAUUCGACUACUCGGAAACCUUCCUGCCCUUCCUGCACACCUGCUGUCCCGCUAUCACCCAUAUUGACCAAUCAGCUGAGAGCAGCUUCCUCAACACACAGUUGGAACCCAGCUGGCGACAGUGGGCUGAGUUUCUUGUGAAGUACUCUCUGCUUCCGUACCAGCUGAUUGCGGAGUUUGCUUGGGACUGGCUGUCCGUCCACUACUGGACGUCUCGCUUCAUAAUUGUUAACGCCAUGCUACUGUCAGUGCUGGAAGGCUGUGCCCUGUGGAGGCUGUGGACCAGAGCUAGGAUCAGGACACUGCCACGAAAGAUACGGAACCUGUGGAAGAUGUUAUCUCAGGGGUUUGCCUUUGCCCUCCUGUGGCCUUUCAUUCCUCAGUUCGUGUGCAACUGCCUGUUCUACUGGGCUCUCUACUUCAGUCCCAUCAUAAAUAUAGACCUGGUAGUGCAGCAGCUAAUGCACCCAGAGACACAAGCACCGUGACGACACGUGGGAACCAGUGUCCAUUUAAUACCAUUUUUUUCCCCAGCAAGUAAAAUGGCCAGAAUUCCAGUUGCUGAUGAGAAAAAGUGUUUAUUUUCAGCGAUGAACUCAUGAAACUGGUUUACCUGCUGGUGGAAGUGGAGCUGUCCUGCUUCCUGUCUCGUCUUUUCUGCUGACGCUCAUCCCCGUGAAGCAAGAACUGUUGCAGAAGGAACAAAGCAACAUGUUGAAAAGCAGCGAAUACGUUUGACGCUACUGACUCAUAACUGCGGUGAUCGGUCACUGCACGCACAUUUGCUACCAUGUUGCCUAAACGGCCCAGAUCGCUGUUAUGCUGAUGGUCAUAUUGUAAACACUGGAGUUGGUGAAGCUUGGCCGCAUAAGGGUUUUUUCCUGAAGGAUGAGGGCUGUGCAGAACUAUCAUUGCUGCAUCUGGUGAAGGUGAGGACUUAAAUACAUACAGACUUUGUUAAUGAAGGUCAGGGAAGAUACAUCCCUGUUCUGUUUGAAUCUCAUCUAAGUACGGAAUGUUUUCUACAGUCGGUUAACCCUCAAAGACAUAGACCGAUUAUUCCAAAAUGUUGACUUUUAACUGGCUAACCUGCUAUUUGAGUAUCCAAGGUCAUGAAAAUCCCACAAAACUCUCAUUAACAUUAUUUGAAGUUGCCGAACCCGCUCCUCACUGAAGCCAAAUAACCUGGUCGUGCUUUAACAUGAGAUCGUGGUUUAAACUUCAUUGGUCUCAGUUGAGUUUUGAACUUUUUUCCCCAAAUGUUCUCUCACAGCAUCCUGAUAGUGAAAAGAUUUUAUGUUAAGCUGCAGGACUUGUUUCUGAGGAGAUGGAGAUGUUUUUUUUCUUAAUUUUUGAGGAGCUGUCACUGUCUAUUUUAAAAUGCAGUUGACAGCGUGUUGUUAACUGAUAAAAGUGGCGGGAGUCGCUAUAGUAGCCAUGUACAAUGACAGACAAGAAACUAAAUAAAAAUACAGAGGAGUGAGAAGUCUUUGAGGGUUAAAGACAAACUGCUGAAUUACAGUAUUGGUUCUUUAAAAAGGAGUAUUAUAAAAUUACACAUCUUUAUUCUACAAUACAUCUGAUGCAUUCUUUGGUUUCUCCUGCGACUGGUGCCUCAAACUUGUCUGAAAUGUGUUGAGGUGUGUGUUUCUGCAGCCUGAUGGGAAUUCUCAUGCUUUGCAGCUUAUUCAAGAAGAGCAAAAUGCAUUUUUAGUGAACAAAUGUUUUUCACUAAAAUAUGUUGCAGGGGCUUCUUCCAUAACACCUGUUGCACUUAAUAUCAUAUUCUUAACAUUUUUGAAAAACUGAUACUUAUCUUUUCUAAUUUUCCUGAUUUUAAGAAAAUUAAAAAAAAAAUAUUUUAGUUGCCUAUUCUGCUGAGAAAUAUUGUAUUGCACAUUUUUAUAUUUUCUUUGCAGUAACCGUUGUCCAUAUAUAAUGGGCGGGUAGACACUAAUCAAAGAUGUUUAUUUUUACAUUUUCAUUUGCACUUAAAGUUUUACACUGUGACUUUGUUCUGCAGAUCUCAUUGUUCUUAAAUGACAAAGGAAGAAAUAAAGAUUUUUAGAUAAUGA